CCUUUUAGACUUGCAGAGACGUGUUGAAAACCUCCCUAUUCCUUUUUUCUUCAGGUUUCGUAAUCCAGUGGCGAUUGCUGCAAAACGAGCAGAGGAAAAUGACAGGUUCUGGAGAAAAAUUAACCAUCGUUCUGUUUGGAAAGAAAGGAGCUCCAAAGAGUUCAAUAGGAAAUCUAAUCCUACAGAAAACCGAUAGAGAUGGUUUUACCCAUGAUACGGAACUAUGUGAGCGGAGAGAGAAUCAAUUAUAUGCUGCAAUCAACACCCCAGACAUGUUUGGAGAAGGCAAUAAUUCAGACCAGCAAAUUAUCGACUGUAUGGCACUUUCAUACCCCGGCCUUCAUAUAUCCCUGCUUGUGAUUCAAGAUAGGCAUGAUACACCAGAGGAGGUUAAACAGCAAGUUGUUCACCUACAAGAUACCUUUGGAGAAAAUAUUACAGCAAACAUGAUAGUUAUGUUACCAUGCAGGGAUGAGAUCUUUGCACUGGAACGUAAUAUCAAUCAAAACAUAAAAUAUCCCUGGAAGUCUUGAACAAUUAUAAUGAUCUGCACAAAAAGUUACCAAUGGACCGUAAGUUCUUCAAGUACACAUACGAAAACUACAGUGAAGGUGUUGUACUAAAAGAAAGGAAACACUGUCGGAAAAGAGAAAGCCCCAAAGGAUGCCUAUUGACUAUGAUGGUCAUCCUGGAAAAGAGUUCAGAGGAACAAGAUUCAGAGACCAAUCAAAACCACAAGAUGAGAGGUCUAUUGACUAUGAUGGUCAUCCUGGAAAAGAGUUCAGAGGAACAAGAUUCAGGGACCAAUCAAAACCACAAGAUGAGAUGUCUAUUGACUAUGAUGGUCAUCAUGGAAAAGAGUUCAGAGGAACAAGAUUCAGGGACCAAUCAAAACCACAAGAUGAGAUGUCUAUUGACUAUGAUGGUCAUCAUGGAAAAGAGUUCAGAGGAACAAGAUUCGGGGACCAAUCAAAACCACAAGAUGAGAUGUCUAUUGACUAUGAUGGUCAUCCUGGAAAAGAGUUCAGAGGAACAAGAUUCGGGGACCAAUCAAAACCACAAGAUGAGAUGUUCAGUGAUCCUGGCAGAUCUCACGAUGGGCCGGCAAGCAGAUCUGGAAACUCAAAGACUGGUAAAAGAAACUAUGAAAGCGAUCCCAGCAACAUUUUGAACAUUGUGCUACUGGGACAGACAGGAACUGGAAAGAGCAGAAGUGGAAACACAAUCCUGAGGAAAAACAUUUUCCCAUCAAGUGCAAGCUCUGUAACAGUUACAAAAGAGUGUCAUGUAGAAAAUAUGAAGAUGGGAGGGACAGAGGUUAGGGUCAUUGAUACCCCAGAUUUCUUUGAUGAUUGUCUUAAACAACCAAGCAAACACAUUGCGGAUUGCAUAAAGUGGUGUCAGACAGGGUUGAGUGUGUACUUACUGGUGAUUCAGAUUGGCCGAUUCACAGAUGGUGAACGAGGGAUCUUGAAACAAUUGAAAGGUAUCUUCUCUGACAUGGAACGAUUUAAAGAGAGAACAUGUGUCCUCUUUACUAAUGGAGAGGACCUCAAACAUAUGAGCCUUGACACGUUCAUCAAUCAGGCUGACACUCACCUGAAAGAAAUAGUAAGUUGCUGUGGGAACAAACAUGUGUUCAAAAACACAAAGACAGACUACCAGCAGGUGAUUGAGCUGAUGGAGAAAAUAUACAAGUUACUGGGCAAUGAUCAAAUGUCUCGUGACUUUGAGGACUGGAAAACAAAACAUACAGAUGACAAGUGUACAGUGAGUUAACUUAGAUCCCAGGGACAAAACUGAAUUAAUGUCACCAAAUGAUUGUUUAAGUCACAUCAUUGUAACAUCAGAAGAAUCUAAGACCGUGAUGCAAAACAAUUGAUCUAAAAUGUUCUAAACUGAGAAUGAAUAUACAGGUGUAGGAUCUUAAUUUGACCACCCUUUUGCAGGAGAUCUUUCGUGUAAUGCAGGAACAUUUAAAAUGUGUAAUAUAUUUGAGGUUUUAAAAGUUUGUCAUUUCCACUUUUACAUUUCAGACUUGGUUUUCCCUUACGAAAAUGUAUCAACCCCUUCAACCAUGUCCAUUAAUUAUAAUCCACAUGAUAAUUUACAUUUCCUAUUGCUGCUGCGGCAAACACGCUCAAAUUAAGAUCCUACAUCUGUAUACUGUAUUUCAGCUGAAUGGCAUGAACUGUUUUAUUUCACUUUCCAGUUAUUAAGUAUGAGUGACUGCAUCUGUAGUGUAAUUUAAGAUUUCCUUUUGUUAACUUCUGUCAGUUAUGUAGAUUUAUGGAGACUUAUUUGACCCAAAAUGGUUAGAACAUUUUUGUGACUUGAUUCACUGUUGUUUUAAGAAUCUGUCAGAUCACAAACAACUUUGUUUUUAAAUUGAGCAACUUUGAGAUUCUGUGCAUAAUGAAAAGUGCCAUAUAAAAUGAAUCAAUUAUUAUUACUAUUAUUAUUAUAAUGUGGCUUAUUUCCUAAUGAUGAACCACAGGAAUGUAACUGCAUACAUUCAAACAAUAACUUACCUUCUGUGGAGUGAAUCAGAAAAAUAUGUUGUGUUUUCUAAUGACAAUGACUUUUCUUUUUGACUUACAUUAUGCUGUGUUGUUAGUCACACAGGAGUCAUCUUGAUUUGUUACAUAAGGAAAUUAAAUGUUGGACUUAACUGUAAAAAAAAAAAAA